AUCUGUGUGUUGUUUUUUGAAAUGUGUUUUCAAACAAGCUGAGCGUAGUUAAUUCCUCCCACUACCUUCUGUGCUUUCAUGAACGCGCCCAAACCCAACCCCCAAAUCCUUCUUGGCGUUUAUUGGCUUGAACACUUUGUUUUGUUUUGUGGUGCAGGUUUGGCCACUGUGUUUAUAUUGAAGUUUGUAGAGCCUGGGCUGUCUACAGAGAUCGCAUUUUUUUACAGUUUGAUCAGCGGACAGGCAAAAAACAAAAAAAAUGUAUGGUCUAAAACGAGUGAAUUCGCAUAGAGCGCCUUUAACUUUAAAAUUAAUUUUCUUUCAACAAAAGUAACAGCAACAUGUAAUGAAUAGUUUAACAAAUCAUUUUUCUCAAUAGUGUUACAUAUGAAAAAUAAAAUAAAAUGAAGUACAGUAUAUCACCAAAAAUAUGAGAUAUUUGAUGUUUGAAUAUCUGUGCUAAAAGCAUCUGAAGACAGCUGAACCUCAACAAAUUGUUAAAAUGGCUUUUACACUGCCACAAAACUAAAACAUCUGCUAUAUAUCAUCCAAUGUUAUUUCUCUCAUUUCUGAAGUGAGAGGGUUGCUCUGUUUUAUUUUCAGACAUGCGCACAUUGUGUGAGUAGCGUAUUAAUAUUGGGCAACAACACUUUACACAUCAAUACAUGGACCCCGAUCAGUCUUAUAUCAAGAAGACUCAUUUCAGUGAAUCUGUGAUUUUGCUGACUUUUAUGCAUCAGACAUUGGCUGUCAUCUGGGCUCCUACAUUAAACCACAGAUGGCGCCAGUGUACUUCAUUUUUCUACUGAUGCUUCAGUCUGGACUCUUGCAUGGAGGUGAACCAAACUGUCCUGCUCAUUGUGGAGUACCAGGCACUCCUGGACACAAUGGUCUGCCUGGAAGAGAUGGUAGGGAUGGAAAAGAUGGGGCUAUUGGACCUAAAGGAGAGAAGGGAGAGCCAGGAGAGAAGGGAGAUCGAGGAGUGCAGGGACCACCAGGUCACGCAGGAGCACCUGGGCCACGUGGACUCCCAGGACUCAAAGGAGACCCAGCUCAAAAUUUAAUUACACCAGAAAAAAUCAAGGACAUUGAAGAAAGAUUGAGAGUCACAGAGGAAACUCUGAAAGUAUUAAAGCAAGAGAAUGAAGGCAAAAAGGUUGCAUUUUCAGCUGGACUUUUGGCAUCUGGAUUACAACAGACUGGACCCUUUGCUGAUCAAAAGACUCUGGUCUACCAAAAAGUCUUCACUAACACCGGAAAUGCAUAUGACUCGAACAAUGGUAUUUUUACAGCACCAGUAAAAGGAGUUUAUUUCUUCAGAUUUUAUGCUCAUUCUCACACUGGUAACCAAAUGGCAGUGAGUCUAUAUAAGAAUGAUCAACCUCAGUGUUCUGUGUUUUCUCUGAAAGCUGAGAGCAAUGCUAAUGGCAGCAAUGGUGUUGUUCUUACACUGGAGAGCGGUGAUAAAGUCUACACACAGCUGUGGGAGAACAGCUGGGUUUAUGAUGAUAAAGAAAGCUACACAAGUUUCAGUGGUUUUCUGCUGUUCCCCAUGUAAAUGUCAGAUCCUCUGGCACAUUGAAUCCAGAGGGACAGACACUCUUAAUGUUUCCUUUCAGCAGAUAUACACAGUUUUCUAUAUCUUUUUUAUACAUUCUUUGCUCAAAACUAAAGUUACUUAAAAAUCUGA